AAAAGGAAUUCCAAAAGCGUCUAAACAUUCAGAAUUAAUUUUUUACUUUUGAAAUUUUAUACAUCGCAACGUCGUUUUAACUGAAAGGAAAAGUUCCAUAUUUUAUUAACGUGUGAUAUAAUAUAAUAUUUGCAAUGGCAGAAUUAAAAAUGAAUGAGGGAUGGAAUAGUGAUCAAGAAUUUGAAUAUCCAUUUGAUGAACAAGAAACUGAACAAGUAACUAGAAAAAAAAUUUAUAAUACAAAGACUAGAUUCAAUAAUUUUAGAAGUUCCAAAAGUGGUUCACAACAAGCAAAAUCAAAUGAUCUGAUUAUAAAUAUAGAUUCAAAGAAAGUAGGUAAACUUAUAGGCAAGGGUGGUUGCAAUAUAAAGGAAUUGCAAGAGAAAAGUAAAACAAGGAUUCAAAUAAAUCAAUCUACUACAUGUGGUAUUAGUACAGUUACUUUAAUCGGAUCUCCAGCAGCACAAAAUAAAGCUAAAGAAUUAAUUGAUGAAUUAUUAAAAGAUACUCCGCAACCUGUGAAAACUGAGCAAAAAAAGGGAACAAAAUACAAUUUGAAUCGAAUUAACAAAAGUCAUGAAGAACCAUUUACUUAUCCACCUAUAUAUAAGAACUUUUAUCAAGAAGAUCCUUUUAUUACACAAAUGUCUGCUGAACGUGUAGCAGAAAUUAGGAUACAAAAUAAUAAUAUUGAAGUUCAACGUGUUUUUGACGAUGAAGAAAGUAAUGUUGACGUAUGUUGCAUUCCUAAUCCUAUUGAAACAUUCGAACAAGCUUUCCAUAAUUAUCCGCAAGUUCUUGAAGAAAUAAAAAAACAAGGCUUUACAAAUCCAAGCCCAAUACAGCGUCAAGGAUGGCCAAUUCUACUUAGUGGCAAAGAUAUGAUUGGUAUAGCACAGACUGGAACAGGCAAAACGUUAGCAUUUCUUUUGCCUGCAUUGAUUCAUAUUGAUGGUCAAAAGACUCCUUUUAAUGAAAGAGUUGGUCCCAAUGUCCUUAUUUUGGCACCAACUAGAGAAUUAGCAUUACAAAUAGAAAAAGAAGUAGGAAAGUAUUCGUAUCGUAAUAUUAAAGCUGUUUGUCUUUACGGUGGCGGUAAUCGACAAGAUCAAAUUGAUAUAGUAACAGAAGGUGUACAAAUAGUUAUAGCUACACCGGGAAGAUUAAAUGAUCUGGUAUUAGCAAGAGCAAUAGAUGUAAGAUCUGUUACAUAUCUUGUACUAGACGAAGCAGAUCGUAUGCUGGAUAUGGGGUUCGAACCUCAAAUUAGGAAAAGUUUAUUCGAUGUAAGAUCCGAUAGACAAACUAUAAUGACAAGGUAUUUAAUAUAUAUUUUUGUAUCGUACAUAUAUAUAUAUAAAUAUAAAAUAUAUUUAUACUGUUUUAAUUUUUAUAAUAGUGCUACAUGGCCACCAGGUGUUAGACGCUUAGCACGAUCAUAUAUGAAAGAUCCAAUUCAAGUAUUUGUUGGAUCGUUAAAUUUAUCAGCUGUACAUACAGUAAAACAGCAUAUUCAUAUAAUCGACGAGGAAGAUAAAUUGGAUGUGUUUUAUGAAUUUAUUCGGAAUAUGGAUCCCGAAGACAAAAUUAUUGUAUUUUUUUCUAAAAAAGCAAGAGUAGACGAUAUAGCGAGCGAUUUAUGUCUCUCGUAUAUUAAAAAUGAAAGUAUUCAUGGUGGAAGAGAUCAAGAAGACAGAGAACAAGCUAUAGAAGAUUUAAAAAAUGGCUCUGUACGAAUUCUUCUUGCAACAGACGUUGUCAGCCGAGGUAUUGACAUCGAGGAUAUAACGCAUGUCUUCAAUUAUGAUUUUCCACGUGAUAUAGAAGAAUAUGUCCAUCGAGUUGGACGUACAGGUCGCGCUGGUAAAACCGGCGAAAGUAUAACGUUAAUGACCAAAAAUGACUGGUCACAUUCCAAAGAACUUAUCAGUAUUUUAGAAGAGGCUAAUCAAAUGGUGCCAGAUGAGUUAUAUAGUAUGGCCGAAAGAUACGAAGCCUGGAAAACGAAACGGGCGGAAGGACGAGCGAAUCGUUCAAAUGGGCAAGGCUAUAAGUUUGGCUAUAGUAGACAAAAUAAGUGGGGCGGAAAAUGGUAAAUUUUACCAUUAAUCAACAGAGGGUCUACACUUAGUUAUUCUUUUUAUUUUUUAUUUUAAUUUUAUUUCUUUUUUCCCCCUUUUUUCCAUUCCAUGUAAAAACUUGUACAAAUCAAUUAGUUUUUAAGUAAUGCAUUUCACUUAGAUUGUAGAAUUUGUGCAAUGGAAUAUUUUUUUUGUAUUAUUUUUCUUUUUUUUUCUUCCAAAAUUUUCAUUUAGUUAAUUGCUUGUACAUAUCAUUUAGUUAAUUACUUGUACAUAUCAUCAACACAGUGAUUGGGGGGUGGGGGGAAAGAGGAAAUAAUCUAUUUAAAAUAACUAUAUUUUUAUACAUAUACUUGUAAUUUUUUUAUAU